UUCUUCUCCACAAGAUAUUCCGGGGAAAUUGAUUACAUUUCUUGUAAUUUUCCGAGAAAAUUCAUUUGGGGAAUUCGAUUUUAUAUGAAUUCUAGUUUCAGGGUCGGCGAUUGAAGUGAUGAGCAACCACCUGCGAGCUAUCUGUAGACCACACACGGUGUUUGCUUCGAUCGUGUGUUGUAGUAGAAACCAAACUCGAUCACUCGUCAGGGUUUCGAUUCAAAAGUUCAGCUUUAGAACUCGGGUCUCGAAUUCGUUUCCGUUUAGGUCUAAAGAUUCCAACUUUUGGUUUGGGGUGAGUCAGAGGAAGACUCUGGUCAGGGCAGCUUCGAGUUGGAGCGAAGAGAAGUCUCCUUACGAUACUCUCGAGUUGGAACGAGAUGCAGAGGAGGAGCAGAUUAAGGUGGCGUACAGACGAUUAGCUAAGUACUAUCAUCCUGAUGUUUAUGAUGGGAAAGGGACGCUUGAAGAAGGAGAGACGGCAGAAGGUAGAUUCAUCAAGAUCCAGGCUGCAUACGAGCUGCUCAUGGACACUGAGAAGAGAAGACAGUAUGAUAUGGAUAACCGAGUGAAUCCAAUGAAGGCGUCACAAGCUUGGAUGGAAUGGCUGAUGAAAAAGCGUAAAGCAUUUGAUCAGAGAGGCGACAUGGCGGUUGCAGCUUGGGCUGAGCAACAACAGCUUGAGAUUAACCUUCGUGCUCGUCGUCUUUCCCGUUCCAAGGUGGAUCCGGAAGAAGAGAGGAAGUUACUGGAGAAGGAGAAGAAAGCGUCAAGAGAGUUGUUUAACAGCACUCUAAAGCGACACACGCUGGUAUUGAAGAAAAGAGACUUGAUGCGGAAGAAAGCUGAGGAUGAUAAGAAGAAGCUCAUCACUCAGCUGUUAGCAGCAGAAGGUCUCGAGCUUGAUACUGAAGAAGAGGAGGAAGAAGAGACAGCCAAGUAAACAUUUUGCAAAAGCUUCACCUUUUCUUAUAUCUCUACUCUCUCUCUUUCUGUGUCAACUUUACAUGUAGAUAUUAUAUUUUAUAAUUACCAGAACUUUCAUUCUCGGUUCAAAA